AGAAGGGAGGUAAAAAUGGAGACAGGUGAAGGCAGGUGGUAGGGGAGAGGCAGUGGUGAGUGUCUAAAUUCAGAUCAUAGCAAGCAGGUAGAGAAUGAAUACAUGAGAGUCAGAGGAGGAGGUGAGAUGGGAUGGGAGGUGAGCAGUGCUCCAGGGCCCCCCACCUCCAUGCCAUUAAAUCUACCUCAUGAUAGCAGUGCACAUGCCACUUUUGCAAGUGGCCACCACUUCUUGGAAACAGACUGGUGAUGGAGAAUAGAUGAACAGGGGACAAGCCAGGGAGCACAGAAAGACAGUUGGGGAGGAGGGAAGAAACAAUUUUCACAGAUCCAAGUAACAGCUGGCUACUGUUUGUGCUCACUGUGCAUUUGACCCCAUGCUUUUUGAUUGUGCACUAUGUGUAUAAGAGCUUUGGAGUGCAGCUGUUUUGUUGGUAUUAGCCCCAUUUACAGAUGUGAAUUUAAGUGAUUUGCCCAAGGUCACACAGGUAGGAAGGUGCAGAUAAGAGAUUCCAGCAUGCACUUCUCUGGCCCGAAAGGUAGGUGUCUGAAUUUCUGCUCUCCUGUGAUUCCUGGAGCCAGACCAUGUUCAGACUUGGAAAAGAACCCUGGGAACACAAUGCCUUUCUCAUUUCCUAUUUGAGAAAACUGAAUUGGGGAGGGGGCAGGGGAAUGACUUGUCAAAGGGCCCCAGCAAGUUUGUCAGAGUCAGAACAGGAUCCUAGCCCUGGCCUCCCUACCCCAAAGCACUCUUUCCUUCAGUACACCAUCAGGAGACCAAGAUGGUCAGGCAGGAAGCCAAGACCAGGAGGAGGAGCAUGCCCUGGGGCAGGAGGAAAUGAGGAAAAGAAGUGAGCGUCAAAAUGGCCUGGCCAUUCUCCUCUUGGGACUGAACCCUGUCUCCACCUCCAGCCAGACUCAGCAUUGUGAGAGCCUUUCCCUGGCCAGCAACAUCUCUGGACUGCAGUGCAAUGCCUCGGUGGACCUCAUCGGCACCUGCUGGCCCCGGAGUCCUGCAGGACAGUUGGUGGUUCGACCCUGCCCUGCCUUUUUCUACGGCGUCCGCUACAACACCACAAACAACGGCUACCGGGAGUGCCUGGCCAAUGGCAGCUGGGCCGCCCGUGUGAAUUACUCUGAGUGCCAGGAGAUCCUCAAUGAGGAGAAGAAGAGUAAAGUGCACUACCACAUCGCUGUCAUCAUCAACUACUUGGGCCACUGCAUCUCCCUGAUGGCCCUCUUGGUGGCCUUCAUCCUCUUUCUGCGGCUCAGGAGCAUCCGGUGCCUGAGAAACAUCAUCCACUGGAACCUCAUCUCAGCCUUCAUCCUGCGCAAUGCCACGUGGUUCGUGGUCCAGCGCACCAUGAGCCCCGAGGUCCACCAGAGCAAUGUGGGCUGGUGCAGGUUGGUGACAGCUGCCUAUAACUACUUCCAUGUGACCAACUUCUUCUGGAUGUUCGGGGAGGGCUGCUACCUGCACACAGCCAUAGUGCUCACCUACUCCACCGACCGGCUGCGCAAGUGGAUGUUCAUCUGCAUCGGCUGGGGUGUGCCUUUCCCCAUCAUUGUGGCCUGGGCCAUCGGGAAGUUGUACUACGACAAUGAGAAGUGCUGGUUUGGCAAAAGGCCUGGAGUGUAUACUGACUACAUCUACCAGGGCCCCAUGAUCUUGGUCCUGCUGAUCAACUUUAUCUUCCUUUUCAACAUCGUCCGCAUCCUCAUGACCAAACUCCGGGCAUCCACCACAUCUGAGACCAUUCAGUACAGGAAGGCUGUGAAGGCCACUCUGGUGCUACUGCCUCUCCUGGGAAUCACCUACAUGCUGUUCUUUGUCAACCCUGGGGAGGACGAGGUCUCCCGGGUCGUCUUCAUCUACUUCAAUUCCUUCCUGGAAUCCUUCCAGGGCUUCUUCGUGUCUGUGUUCUACUGUUUCCUCAACAGCGAGGUCCGCUCUGCUAUCCGGAAGAGGUGGCACCGAUGGCAAGACAGACACUCCAUCCGUGCCCGGGUAGCCCGUGCCAUGUCCAUCCCCACCUCCCCGACCCGGGUCAGCUUCCACAGCAUCAAGCAGUCUACAGCACUCUGAGCUACAGGCCACGCAAAGCAGCCCCUGAGAUCUGUGGCUGGGAAGACGAAGGCCAGGCUCACUGACCACCCCAUGUGUGGAGGCAACCAGCGCCUCCCCCGCAGGAGCAGCAGCCCUGAAAGUCUGGGGGGCCCAUACCUCCCAAAUCAACAGGAUUUCUACACUCAUGAUCGCACAGUAGCCUACAGGGCUGGGCUGGGCCCCCCACUGCCCCAGUCCUUGAUGGGAAUGGGAUGGAAGUGGAAAGCUGGACCACGCACAGGGGCGCCCAGGGCCUCCUUAGAGCUGUCUUCUCACAGAGCACAGAGACCUGAGGGGUCCCCUGCAACUGUAGGGAAGUGACUCACUCUCCCAGGAUAUCAUGGAAAACUAGCAACAGCAUUCAGUCACCGUGAUGCUCCGGGCCUUAGCAGUGUCUUUGGACACCACUGAGAACCAAGUAGGGAGCCUGGAGAUAUCAUUCGAAAUCAGAUGAUGUCAUCAGAUAUUGGGCCACUCCCAGGUCACCAAAACAUCACUGGCACCAUGGCACUGCCACUACAAAUGCCCUGCCUUGCUGCCUUGCACCCACAGAUGUUUACUACCCUGUAGGUCACCCCAGCUUCCCCUUACUUACCCACCAAGAGUAUCCUCACCAAGUCCUGCCACCUCCUGCCUCUAGGUGUCUCCCCAUUUGGGGACUGCAGUGACACAAGAAUGUGCUCAGCCAAGGCCAACCUCCCUUGAGAAACAAAGAACCAUCGGGCCUGCAGCCUUUGGGGCAGGUGCUCAAGCCGAGCAAAGGGAAAGGGCCCCUCUCUGCCCAAGUGCCCUGGACAAGACAAGUGGCUCCUGGCACAUCCAGCUGGCACACAGCUUGCCCCCCUCCGGGUGUAGACUGACCAGCCCCCAGCAGGACUGCCAUGUCCAGAGAGUUCGGCUGACAGAGCAUGCUUCAGGGGUGGGAACCAGGAGAUGAGGGUGUCAGCUGUAAGGGGGAAGAUGAUGUAAAUAAUAAUGUUUAUCUUUUCA